GCCCGCGGCCCGCGCCGGGGAUGACUCUUCGGGGCUCGGCGCCCAGGCCCCGCGCGCUCGGCCCGCAGCAGCCCCGCGGCCGGGACGCGUCGUGAGCAGCGGCGCCCCCCGGGCAGCCGCCGUCCAUGCGAGCGGACAACCCCGCAACUCCGCUCCGCGGCGCGCCCGGAGCCCGGAGCCCCGAGCCCCGAGCCCGAGGCCGAAGUUGGGCGCGCCGCGGAGUUGCGCCCGCGCCCCGCCAAGUCCCGGGGCGGCGGCGGCCCGAGCAGCAUGCCGAGGAGGAAGCAGCAGGCCCCCCGGCGCUCGGCAGCUUACGUCCCCGAGGAAGAGCUGAAGGCCGCGGAGGAGGGGAACAGCACAGCGGCCGCAGAUGAGGAUGGUGCAUCUCUGGACACGGCCGAAAGUGAGCGUCCGUGCACCACAGCUGAGGAUGCUGACGGCCCGGAGGCACCAAGCUACCAGGACUCCCCGCUCAGCACCGCCACCAAUGCGGACGCAGCCUUUGGCUCUCCCUUCAGCGAGGGCAGUGAGCAGCUGGCACCUUUCAAGGGCUCUGCACCCCGGGAGGAGAAGGAGGAGCCAGCGGCCCCUGAGAGUGGCACUGCCUACCCCCAGGACAGCCUGGCCCAGAUUAAAGCCGUGUACGCUAAUUUGUUCUCUGAGUCCUGCUGGUCUAGCCUGGCUCUGGACCUGAAGAAGUCCACCUCGGCUACCAGCAACGGUGAUGCGGGCCCCAAGGACAGCACCCCGGCCACCGUCCCCACGCCACCUGCCUGCCCCCCAGGCCCUGCUGCCGCCAGCACCACAGCCACUGCGAGCACCAACACGUGCACAAGCACCAGUGGCUCUGGCUAUGACUGGCACCAGGCAGCACUGGCCAAGACGCUGCAGCAAACAUCGAGCUAUGGACUGCUGCCCGAGCCAAGCCUCUUCAGCACGGUGCAGCUGUACCGCCAGAACAACAAGCUCUACGGGUCUGUGUUCACCGGUGCCAGCAAGUUCCGCUGCAAGGACUGUAGUGCUGCUUAUGACACGCUGGUGGAGCUGACGGUGCACAUGAAUGAGACGGGCCACUACCGCGAUGACAACCGAGACAAGGAGUCCGAGAAGGCCAAGCGCUGGUCUAAGCCCCGCAAGCGCUCGCUGAUGGAGAUGGAGGGCAAGGAGGACGCCCAGAAAGUGCUCAAGUGCAUGUACUGUGGCCACUCAUUUGAGUCCCUGCAGGACCUAAGCGUGCACAUGAUCAAGACCAAGCAUUACCAGAAAGUGCCUCUGAAGGAGCCCGUGCCGGCCAUCACUAAGCUGGUCCCCUCCACCAAGAAGCGUGCCCUUCAGGACCUGGCGUCCCCCAGCUCCCCACCGGAACCUGCGGGGGGCGCUGCUUCCACCACCACCGCCACUGAGCCGUCCCUGAGUGAGGCAGCCAAGGACCAAAAAGCCGCCAACCCCUACGUGACCCCCAACAACCGCUAUGGCUACCAGAAUGGCGCCAGUUAUACAUGGCAGUUCGAGGCGCGCAAAGCACAAAUCCUCAAGUGCAUGGAGUGUGGCAGCUCUCACGACACCCUGCAGCAGCUUACGGCCCACAUGAUGGUCACCGGCCAUUUCCUCAAGGUCACCACAUCCGCCUCCAAGAAGGGCAAGCAACUGGUGCUGGACCCUGUAGUGGAGGAAAAGAUCCAGUCCAUCCCUCUGCCGCCCACCACACACACCCGCCUGCCUGCCUCCCACUCCAAAAAGCAGCCCGAGUCCCCUGCUGGCUGCCCGGUGCCCGACGAGAAGAAGGAGACUGAGAAGGAGAAGGUGCCAGCAACAGCAGCAGCAGCAGUGACUGUGGCGGUGACAACAGUGGCCGUAGAGGUGGAGAAAAAGAUCAAGGAGGAGAGUGAGGAGGUGACGGAGCCCAUGGAGCCCACAGCCCUGUACCAGUAUUUGCGGGAGGAGGACCUGGAUGAGAGCCCCAAGGGUGGGGUAGACAUCCUCAAGUCCCUGGAGAACACGGUGUCCACGGCUAUCAGCAAGGCGCAGAAUGGUGCACCCUCGUGGGGCGGCUACCCUAGCAUCCACGCUGCCUACCAGCUGCCUGGUGCUGUGAAACCACUGCCCGCCACUGGGCCUGUGCAAAGCGUCCAGGUUCAGCCCAGCUACACAGGCACCAAGCCACUGGCUGCCGAGCACAGUGCACUUCUGCAUUCCCCGGGAAGCCUCACCCCACCGCCCCACAAGAGCAACGUGUCGGCCAUGGAAGAGCUUGUGGAGAAAGUGACGGGCAGGGGCAGCGGGAAGAAGGAAGAGCGGCCGGCUGACAAGGACAAGAGCUCCCCGGCCAAGACGGUGUCACCUGCGGCCAAAGAGAACAAGGAGGGUCCACGGGCCGAGGACACAGGCGGAAACAAGGUACAGAAGAAGGGCCCUGAGGGGGACACAGUAGGCAAGACCAGGAAGGAGGCCACGGCUGGCGAAGGCCAUCCGCCCAACAGCACUGACCCCCUGAAAACCAAAGUCACCAAUGGCUGCAACAACCUGAGCAUCAUCACCGACCACUCUCCCGAGCCAUCCUUCAUCAACCCGCUGAGUGCCCUGCAGUCCAUCAUGAACAGCCACCUGGGCAAAGUGUCCAAGCCCGUGAGCCCCUCACUGGACCCCCUAGCCAUGCUGUACAAGAUCAGCAACAGCAUGUUGGACAAGCCGGUGUACCCUGCAGCUCCUGGCAGGCCGGCCGAUGCUAUUGACCGUUACUACUACGAGAACAGCGACCAGCCCAUCGACCUAACCAAGUCCAAGAGCCGGGCCCUGGGUGUGGGCGGCACCACUGCCGAGGCUGUGGGAUCCCCACUGCGGGAGAGCGCGCUCAUGGACAUCUCAGACAUGGUGAAGAACCUCACGGGCCGCCUCACGCCCAAGUCCUCCACGCCUUCCACAGUGUCCGAGAAGUCGGACGCCGACGGCAGCAGCUUUGAGGAGGCACUGGACGAGCUGUCGCCCGUGCACAAGAGGAAAGGUCGCCAGUCCAACUGGAACCCACAGCACCUUCUCAUUCUGCAGGCCCAAUUCGCCUCCAGCCUGCGGGAGACGCCGGAGGGCAAGUACAUCCUGUCAGACUUGGGCCCACAGGAGCGUGUGCACAUCUCUAAGUUCACAGGGCUCUCCAUGACCACCAUCAGCCACUGGCUGGCCAAUGUCAAGUACCAGCUGAGGAGGACAGGGGGUACCAAAUUUCUCAAGAACCUGGACACUGGGCAUCCCGUUUUCUUUUGCAACGAUUGUGCCUCUCAGUUCAGAACUGCUUCCACGUACAUUCACCACCUAGAGACACACCUGGGCUUCAGCCUGAAGGACCUCUCCAAGCUGCCACUCAGCCAGCUGCAGGAACAGCAGAAUGCCAGCAAGGUCCUGGCCUCUAAGGCCUUGGGCCCACUGGCAGCCGCUGAGGACGAGCUGGGCUCCACGUUCCAGUGCAAACUCUGUAACCGGACCUUCGCCAGCAAACACGCGGUGAAGCUUCAUCUCAGCAAGACCCACGGCAAGUCCCCCGAGGACCACCUGAUCUAUGUGAUGGAGCUGGAGAAACAAUAGCCCUGGACCACACCUUCCCCUGCACGAGGCCUGGCCUGAGCCUCCAAAAUCAGCCCCCCCUGACUCCCCUGAACUGCCUGUCUGGACCCGGUUUUUCUUACACAUAUUUUGUAGUUAUAUUUAUAUGCUCUUUGUCUCAUCUGUGCAUGUUCUUUUUCUUUUCUUUUCUUUUUCUUUUUCUUUCUUUUUUUUUUUUUGUUGCCGUGAGUCAGUCUGACCUUUCUUUUCAACAUCUGUUCUUGAUGUUAAGCUCUCUUUUUCUAGCAAAGAGUGGGGCACAGUGCUCAGAGAGACAUUUAUUUAGCAGGAAAGAAAGACACAAAUAACCAUGAUCAAAAGACAUCCUAAAAUUACGAAGUUGCCAUGACAAUAAAGGUCAUAGAACCUGGUCUUGUCAGAUUUAACCCCUUUGAGGACUGUAAUCGUGUAUCCGUGCCUUUCACUUGGGAAAAAACAACAACAGCAACACACACACACAAACACACACACACUCAUACACACACAUCCACACACACACAAAAUAAAACAGAAACAAAAAGGCGUAAAGGCAUUUCAUUCAGAUCAAAAGCAGUGUCAGACGCGCCACUUACUUAAUAAUUAACACACGAGCUUUCAUCUGCAGAACUGGUCUGUGAGGGAGGGUGCAGCUGUUGAGAGAUGCUUCAGACUCACGGGGUUAGGAAGCCACAACAUGACAUGUUUGAAACCAAACCAAACCCGAGCAAGCCACCACCACAGACACCCCACUUGCCACUAUGCCCAAACCCUCUGGAUGCUGAAUAAUGCCAUUUUUUGGCAAAAAAGAGAAAAGAAAAAAAAAUGUAUGCAAGCUAUUAUUUAAAAAUGUGUAAAAAAUGCUCUUUCUUUUUUUUUUCCUGUAAAAUACUGCGGUUUAUAGUUAUUUACAAAUGUAAGCUUUGGUACAAGCUGAACUUUCUAUAGCGUGCUGCAUUGAAAAAUGAAAAAUUAAAAGGGGGGUCAACAUGUUGGAUUUCUUCCCUGUGAAUUGCCAGCAUCAGCUUAAAAACUCUCUGUUCCGUAUUGUACCAUUUUUAAUCGAGUUCACUUUCUUUGUACCUUCUGGCUGGAUGCUUUCUCUUUCAACUUUUUAUAUUGUCAUUUUAUAUUCAAUGUCUGUGUAUAUACUGUAAAACCACAAUUUUGGAAUAAAAUCUUGUCCCUGCAGCUUGACUUCAAUAGAGAGAACUCACUGGUCAUGGCAUCGGCCCCGAUGCAUGGAUAGCAGACAAAAAAGAAAGAAAGAAAGAAAUCCGUGGAAGCAAAACAAGCCCUGCACUAUCAAUUUAUACAUUUUGCUGUUCUAUCAUUAAUAUUGUACAGUUCAUUUGGGUUCACACGAUUAAAUCCACUGUUUUCUCCAAUGUCGAAUAAACCCACACGCGGUUCUUGAUUUA